UUGUUUAAGUAAUAUUUAUUAAAAGUUAUUAGUUACAAAAAGAGUUGUCAAUCAAGUUUAUAUCAUUUUAUCAACUCCAUGUCAUCAUAUAACUCAAUACAUCAUAUCGUCAUCCUCAUUUCUGCUGCCAUCUUGUUACUCCUAGCUAGGUUAGGAGACCUCUGCAUCUCUCCUAAAUAAUUUAGGAGCUGAGACCUAGUCUUGACACUUAAUCUUUCUUAGUCAUUCUUAGACUUUUGACACACUUAAGACUAAAAUUUUACUCUGAGCAGCUUUAUACAUACGGCCCCAGAUGAAUAAAGUUGUUAGUCACAUUGAUUCAAAACCAUCCACCAACAUGCUUAUAUACAUAUAUAUAGUUGAUUGGAAACAAAAACAUACAUUUUAUGUGAGAACACUUAAGAACUCAAUUCUCAUAGAAAGUGAGAAAAGCAUGAAAAAAUAAAAAAAGCCACAGGAUUUUGAUGGCAUCAGUUAAACCAACACAUCUGAAAAUUGCUGACUCUGAUCUCAAGGUUUAUUUAUACGGAAGUUUCAGUACCACCAAACUUACAAUGUCUCAACAGUGCAAUGAUGAAACACUAAUGACACACUGUUUGAGCUCAGACAAGUAUCUACUAGAUCAGUCUCAGGUGAAGUAUCAUUUACAUAUGAUAAAACCAUUGCUUUAGUAGUAGUGUUUGCAAAGAUAAGAAUGACUGUUACUAUUGCUCAUAGUUUAUGGAGGGGGGUUUCUUUCAAAUUUUAAGUAAUAAACAUCAGAAACUUGUGCAGCAACGUUUGUGCUCCAGAUAUGAAUGUUUGCUCAAAUGUGUCUAGUGGAGGACAGGAGUGGAAUCCAGAGUUAUUUUAGCUAACUAAAACUACAAAAAAAAAAAAAAAAAAAAAAACUUUCAUUUUCAUUUAGUAGCCUUAUGUACUAAAAUAACUAAAACUGAAAUAAAAAAUAAGAAAUGCAUAUACAUUUUGAUAACAUUUUACAAUAAGGUCUCAUUUGUUAAAAUACAUUAAUUAACAAACAAUGAGCAAUAUAUAUUUAACAGCAAUUAUUAACCUUUGUUAAAUUUAGUUAAUAAAAAUGUUCAUGUUAGUUCAGAGUGCAUGAACUAAUGUCAACAGAUACGUUUAAUCUUAAAAUUGUAUUAGUAAAUGUUGAAAUUAACAUCAACUAAGAUUAAUAAAUUAUGUAGACAUAUUAACUAAUAUAGUUAAAGGGGUCCUUGAUUAUGAUUUCACUUUUUUAACUUUAGUUAGUGUGUAAUGUUGCUGUUUGAUCAUAAACAACAUCUGCAAAGUUACGACGCUCAAAGUUCAAAGCAAAGGGAGAUAUUUUCUUUUACAGAAAUCUCUUUUUAAGGGAAACCCCUGGUGUUAAGACUUGUAUGGCUUAAUAUAAUGUAAAUGAGGUCUCUUACUGAAAUAGGUAGUAGAAAACCCAUGAAAGAUGAGCCACAAGAGAAGCGAUGUAAGUCUUUACUAGUGAUAAGAGGAGAAAAGAAUGGUAAGUUGUGAAGAAUGUGGAUGAAUAAAACUUCCUAACUGUGUCUUUGUUCUCUUUACUUCAGCCCUGAUGCCUUUGAGGCUUUUAGUAGACCACAGCUGAAAGAGCUUACAGUCGCCUGUCAUGGGCAGCCUAUAACACAUCUCGAUUGAGACAGACUGCCUCAAAGCUUGUGUGUUCCGUGAUAAACGAGAUAUCUGUGAUAGUAUAAAACAGUAGCAUCUUCUCAGCAUGUUUAACUGUGUGUAAUGCAUUCAGGUGAUCAGACAUCAAUCAUACAUCAGUAGUUCGAAUAGCCACAGAGACACUGCACGUCUUCGAUGUUUUCAUUCUCACUAAUUUUGCGCUCUGGCUCAUAUUGAAAAGGCUGACUGGGUUUUAAAAGGAACCCCACGGAUAUUAAGACCUGUAUGCGUUACUAGAUUACCGUUGCACCAAAACAUACAGAUAAAAAUCCUCAGUCAUCAGGGCUAAAGUGAAGAGAACAAAGACGCACUUAGGAAGUUUUAUUCAUCCACAUUCUGCACAACUUCCCAUUCUUUUCUCCUCUUAUUGCUAGUAAAGCAGUAAAGACUUACACCAUGUCCUAACUACACGCAAUGCAAUAAGAUUCCAGCGACAGGCAAUUUGACUGUCCACACUAGACGCGCCGUGACAACGACAAGUGAUAAAAUCAGUCAAAAACCACAGCUAAUCAGAAGAGAGUGUGGGCGGGCUCUCUCAGCAAGAGCACAGCAGACACAAUUAAAUGGGCAAGUACAUAGUAAAAUUCAUAAAUAUUACACCAUUUAAACAUUAUUUAAAGUACGUACGGAGUGACUGAACCAAUCUUUGUCAUAGAAUGUUUGUUCACAUUGAGUUGACAGUUUGAACAUUCUUGUGCCCAUUUAUUUAUUUUCAAGAUCUGAGGUGAAUUAGCCAGUGUUGUGUUCAUUACAGCUAAAAAGCUGGGAACACAGAAUGAUAUUCAAACUCACAUUAGUGCUUUUAACAUUAAAUAAAGCACAUAAACAGUACCUGAUAUAAUCAUUGCCAUACUUUCUAAAAUAGAAUCGCUUCUCUUGUGGCUCAUCGACUGAAAAUUACAAACAAAAGCUGCACAAUGUGGCAUCGUAUAUUAUAUUCCGAGUUGUGUUGCAGUAAAAAUAGCAAUAGGACAGUGUCAGUAGCUCAGUGAGUGCAACCAUUUGACGUCACCGACAUAGAUUGCACUGUGCACCUAAACAAAAUGGCAUAAAUAAUGUAAAUCUUUCAUGGGUUUUCUACUACAUAUUUCAGUAAGAGACAUCAUUUACGCUAUAUUAAGCCAUACAAGUCUUAACACCAGGGGUUCCCUUUAAGGACUACAACAAGCUUCUUCCCAGGUUUUGUGACAUCACUAACCCUAAAAUUUACAUAAACCCCACCCCCAAGAACACACAACAAAGGGGGCGGGGCCAUGUUGGGCUGCUUUAGAGAAGAGGAAGAGUUGUUGUAGUAGAGUGUUGUUGACAUGCCGUCAUUUUACACCGGACUGCUUCACAAACGAGGGUCAAUUCAACGCUGGAUUUGCACAAAAGAUUAACAUGACGGCACAUGGUAGUCGAUGAGCUGAAUCAACUCCACAGCAACUACAUAAAUUUAUCCACUAACCAUUCAGAAACGUCUAAAAGUUGUAACUUCUUCCUGAGUCUCUCCAUCAGUGUCGACUCCGGUUUGAACAAUGUAAGGCUGAACACCGUUACUGACAAUCCUCAUUUUGGCUGCGUGAGAUUCUCCAGCUUUGUUGUUGUUGAGCGACCGAAGCGCGAGCUGUUAAAGCUCCGCCCUCUUCUGGAAAGGGGGCCGGGAGCAGCAGCUCAUUUGCAUUUAAAGGGACACGCACAAAAACGUGUUUUUGCUCACACCCAAAUAGGGGCAAAUUUGACAAGCUAUAAUAAAUGAUCUGUGGGGUAUUUUGAGCUGAAACUUCACAGACACAUUCUGGGGACACCAGAGACUAUUACAUCUUGUGAAAGGGGCAUAAUAGGUCCCCCAUUAACUAAAGUUAACAAAUGAAACCUUAUUCUAAGUGUUACCAGCAUUUAAAAACAAAUAAAAAUGACAAAACAAAAUGAGUAAAAUAGGAACUAAACUCAAAAAUGUAAAAAUAAUAAAAAAAAUUAAUAAAAACUAUAAUAGUAUCUCAAUGAUACACUGGUGAAAUCACACUGAACAGUUUGAUUUUUUUUUUUUUUUUACAUUGGCAAAAAAUGGUUAAUAUUUAGUUACUAAAAAAAAAAACAGAGGUCUCAUUUUCUCUCCAACUGAAUGUGUUUUUAUAGAAUUUACCUCUGCACUCAAAUAAUCUGUAAUCCCUGACCUUGUGAAGCAAUAAAUUAAGCAAAUCUGUGACAUGUGAAUUAAGAAACUAUAUUUAGAUGUAGUUCUAUGGUGACAUUCAGUAUAAUAAUGGUGACUGUUGCAAAAGACUUGCUCAAAACCCUCCUCUGUCUUCACCAAUAGGUUAAAGCAUAGGAAACACUCCCUUCUCUCUCAGUUUUUCAUAAUCCACCAGCUGAAACAGUGUUAACCACCCAUGCUCUCAGAUCUCUGAGUCAAUCCACGCCAGCUGACUAAAGCCUCAAAAGAGUAUCAAUGUCUGACAAACUGCUGAUAAAUGACACUUCAAGCUCCAACCACACAUCUGUCUACCCCAGCGAAGGCAUGCGCAUUCUGCAGAUGAUCGUGACCGUGAUGAUCUUCAUCGUGGGUGUUUCUCUAAACGGUCUGGUGGUCUGGGCGUUGGGGGUUCGAGUUUGGUGCCGCAAUAAGGGAUCCACAGAGACGCAGAGCGCCGACAGCUUCCGGAUCUAUGUAGUAAACCUGGCGCUUGCAGACUUGGUGCUGCUGUUACGUACGCCACUAAUGGUGCCGUACUUGGUGAACCACUUCACUUGGACAUUGGGGGAAACCGCAUGUAAGCUGGUCAUUUACCUGCGCUGCCUCGGAUUGUACGCGAGCGCGUUUUUGCUGUGCGCCGUCGCAGUGGAGCGCUGCUUAUGUCUCCUUAGACCAGUUUGGGCACGAAUGAAGCGCCCUCGUUGGGCCGUGCCGUUGGCCUGCGUUGCAAUCUGGGUGUUAGCGGCAUUGUUCGCUUUACCCUACAUUGGCACAGCCAAAAUCAUUCUCUGGGAGAACCGUACGGCCUGCAUAGAAAGUGAUUUGGGAGUAGGACAAGCCUUAAUAGUUGUGGAAACCUUGGCAGGAUUCUUGCUACCGCUGGUGAUCUUCAUGUCGUGCAAUAUUGCAGUGAUUUUUUGCGCAAAGAAGGCCGAAAGCGCAAUGUCUUCCCCUACCACGUCAUCUGGACCAGGUUACACAACCCACCGGCUGACUCGUCUCUACCGGGUCCUCUUUCUCACCAUGCUCCUCUUCCUAACCUGCUGGGUGCCUUACUUCACCUGCCGCUUCUUAAGGGCUCUCUCACAGGAUCACCCGAAGCUCAAAGAAAGAGUGAUUGCAGGCGCUUAUGUGGCGCUAUUUCUAGUUUACAUUAAGAGCGCACUCAACCCCAUCCUGUACGUGUUUGCAGCUCGUGGACUCGGCCGCACCAUUCGUGCCUCACUUCUCUCAACAAUCGAGCGAGUCUUCAAUGAGGAAUUAUCCGAGUCUUUACGAAGAAAGUCCUUGCGAAGGAGAGACUCUCAGUUUUAGGGGAGCUUGAAGAGCUUUAGCGUAAAGUGCCGAUCUGUGACCGGCUCUAGCAAGAGUCAGGAGGUCAAGAAAUUUGGACAAACAAGCAGAUCUCAGGUGCUUUUGAGCGGGCAAAUCAUGAAAAAUUGACAACAGGAAUAAAUCACAUGGUGCAUGUGAUGGACUGAGACUUUACAUUCAAUUUUAUAACCAUUCGAUGGACAUGAAAGUGUUUCAGACACCAAUUUGGAUGUAUUAUUGUAGCACUUUGCAUUUUAGAAACUUAACAGCAAAUGAAAGACAAGGCUUUCCCUCUGGACUUGCUUGCUUUGACUGAAGGCUUUUGAGGCUUAAAUCAUUAAACAUUACUAAAGAAUAUUCUCUUAUGUCCAUGCAGUAGAAAUAUUAUCUGCUUAACUAGUCACCCAGAUUAUUGGCAAAACAUUUAAAACAGAUCACACAUAAAUGAAAGAACAUCUGGUACAUACCAAACUUGCCAUCUCCAUCUUAAAGAUUAUAAAUAAAGAAGCUGUUGAUCAAUUUGCCAUAUAUUAUCUGAUAGAGGCGAGAAAGCUAAAUCUUCUGAAUUGAAUUGAAUUGAUUCAUUGAUUGUUGAUAUUGUUGCAUUAAUGCUUGAGAUGCAUGUAAUUUCGGUGUCUAGUUCUUUCAUUUUUGAAAUAAAUAAGCAGUUAUUUUGUUUAUCA